UGGCUAGACAAGCGAUUAACGACGAGUGAGAGGACGAGGUGAUGAGUGGUGGCUUGCGGAAGCUGCUUGGUAGGCGGUUCACGUCGUCGCUGCGUAUCGGACUCGUUGGCCUGCCAAACGUGGGCAAGUCCGCUCUCUACAAUCUGGUGACAGCCGAAGGCGCCGGAGUUGCCUCGGAGAACUAUCCCUUCUGCACCAUCGAUCCGUCGACGGCAGCGGCAGUUGUGGGCGAUGAGGUGCUGGAUGGCUUGCAGACGGUGGCGCCUGGGGCAAAGAUGGUGCCUGCUCUGCUGAAUGUUACCGAUAUCGCCGGUCUGGUUGCCGGCGCUGCCGAGGGUGAGGGCCUCGGCAACAAGUUCCUGGCCGAGAUUCGCGAGGCCGACGCCAUCGCCCACAUCGUGCGCUGCUUUGACGAUGGCAGGACGACGCAUGUGGUCUCGGGCCUGGAUCGUCCGUCGCCGGCCGACGAUGUGGCCACCAUCGAGACCGAGCUCGCGCUGGCCGACGUGGAGACGACCGGGCGGGCGCUGGCGAGGGCCAAGGGCAAGGGCGCGCUGGCGACCGGCGCGCGGGCGGUCGUCGGCGCUGUCCACGAUCACUUGCAGGGCGGAGGCGGAAUGGUAGCUAGCAUGGGCGAGGGCCUCCGCAAUCUGCUAGAUGAGCACCCCGAGGGCGCGCAGGCGCUGCGGGCGCUGCAGCUGCUCACCGCGAAACCGGUUGUCUACGUCGCCAACGUCGGCGAUGACUGGCUCACCGACGGCUCAGGCUCGGGCGCCAUGCUUGCUGAACUGACGGCGGCAGUCGGUGGCGAUAGCGCGGUGGUGCCAGUCCCGGUUGCUCUCGAGGCCGAGCUCGCCGAUCUCGACGCGGCUGACGCGGACGAAUACCUCGUCGAGCUCGGGCUGCCGGCGAGCGCGGCAAGUGCCGGCUCGCAGAAGCUCAUCCACACCGCGUACAGUGACUGUCUCGAUCUUGGCUCGUUUUACACCUGUGGCGAGACCGAGGUCCGUGCGUGGACGAUCCAGAAGGGCAUGACGGCGCGCGAGGCGGCCAAGGUCAUCCACGCCGACUUUUACGAUGCUUUUGUCAAGAUGGAAGCCCGCGGCACGCGGGCGCGGGCUGGUGCGGAUCGAGGGCAAGGAGUAUGUCAUGGGCGAUGA